AGAAAACAUAAAAAUAAAAUUGUGUCCAUCGUUUACUUCAUUCUGCUGUUGCUUCUUUUAUGUAUAGCUGUUACUAUGACAGUAUUGUAUGUUAAACAAAAAAACAGGAAGCCUAUUCGUAUAUGUCUUAGUAAAGAGUGUCUCCGAUCAGCUGCUAAUCUUGCUUUAUCGAUGAACACUAAAGCGCAUCCAUGCGAAGACUUUUAUCAGUACACUUGUGGCAAUUGGGCGAAAGAACAUCCUCGUCCUGAUAUAUUCCAGUCUUAUGAUUGGUUUAGAGAUAAACAAACAAAGGUGUAUGCAACUGUAAGGGACUUUUUGAAUAGAAACACAAGUGACCUACCACGGCCUGUGAAGCAGGCCAAGGAUUUGUAUACUGCAUGUAUGGACACAGAGACAUUGGACAAACGUGGAUUAAAACCAAUUUUAAAAGUAUUAGAAUCAUUGGGAUUACCUGCGUAUCCUACUUACAUAAAUGUGACUGAAGAUACUGACUACUCAACAUAUUCUUUUGAUUGGUUAGAAGUGGUAAUAAACAUUAAAAUUCAGUUAGGAAUGGAUGUUCUAAUUGGCUUCGAUAUAUUUACUGAUCCUAAAAAUUCGUCCAUUUAUAAGCUCGUAAUGGGAUCUCCAGAAACAACUAAUCCUUUUCCAAGCAUGCGCCACGAGAAAAAACGCCAUAUAGGGCAAAGAAAUUUAGUAACAAAUAAGAUUGAAAGAUAUAAAAAUGAUAAUAUUAAUGUUGAAGAUACUAAAAAUGUUAAAAACUUCGACAAUGAGGAAAAGAAGGAAGAUGACGAAAAAAUAGCUCAUGUUUCUAAACUGUAUUACGCGGAACUUAUCAAACUGUUCGUCCUUGAAGAUGCUCCAAAAGAUUCCAACUUAUCUGAAUUACAAUUAGACCAGAAUAUUUUCUUGGCUGCAAAUGAUUAUCAUAAUUUCAACGAUGAUAUGUAUGAGCUAGAAGUUAAUAAUGACACAUCAAGUGAAGAUGAUGAAUAUCUAGAUGUACCAGAAUACACCGUCUAUGAGAUUCAAGAACACACAGAUAUGAUCGUUAAAGAUAAUAAUGGAACAGCUUCACCCAUAUGGAAACGAUACUUAGAAGGUGUAUUCAAUAUCAGUAAUGUGAAAUUGGAUUUUAAGAAUGAUAAAAUUCUUAUAUCUGAUCCUGAUUUAGUGUAUAUGGCACUUAUGGCGGCUUAUCUAUCAAAAGUUUCUCCUGUUCUAAUAGAACUUUACGUUUGGAUUAAGGUGGUGGAAGUUAUGGCAGCUCAUACUACAACUGAGUUGAGAAUAUUGUUUCAAAGAUCAUAUGAAGCUCUUGGAAACCAUGAUUUGUAUACACCACCUCGCAGCCAACAGUGUGCAAGUGCAGUCAAUGAAAUGCUAGGCAUGGCUGUCUCGUAUGCUAUCGCGGAUCCUCGUUUUUUCUAUAUUACUAAGCCUAAAAUUGAAGUAAUGCUUAGUGAAAUGAAAAAUGCACUUGCCCAUCUAGUGGGUCAAGCUAAAUGGAUGGACGACGAUACAAAAUUAGCAACAUAUCAAAAGAUCAUUCAAAUGAAGACGUUAGUGGGAUUUCCUGACUGGUUGCUUGAUGCUGAAAAAUUAGAGAAAUAUUAUGAAGGAAUUGAAGUGAAUACUAAAACGCAUUUGGAAAACUUAAUUAAUAUAAUACAAGCGAAGAUAAAGAAGGCUUUGAACAAAUUUCGUAUUGGAAACAAUGGAAGUUGGGCCACUGAUCCCACAGAAGUGAAUGCGUAUCAUACUUUUCAAGAAAACACAAUAACUGUGCCUUUAGUGAUGUUACAACAUCCAUUCUUCGAUUUAGGACUUGAUUCUCUUAACUAUGGCUCACUUGGCACUGUACUUGGACAUGAAAUAACUCACGGUUUUGACAACUUUGGUCGCUUGUUUGAUAAAAAUGGCAACUUAUUACCGUGGUGGUCGAAUGAUACAAUAAAUUCGUUUGUUAACAAGACGCAAUGUUUUAUCGAUCAAUAUUCAUCCUAUUACGUCCCAGAAAUUGAUCAACACGUAGAUGGUAAAAAGACAUUAGGGGAGAAUAUCGCAGACAAUGGUGGAGUUCGGGAAGCACUGGCUGCACUCAGAGAACAUCUUCGUAAAAAUGGCCCUGAACCGAAACUUCCCGGCUUCGAACAUUUAAAUUCUGAGCAACUAUUUUUUUUGUCAUUUGGAAAUUUAUGGUGUGGUGUUUCAACCAAGGAGAUAUUAAAGGCGGAUCUUACUGAUGAACAUUCCCCACAGCAGUUCCGAGCACGCGGUGCGUUACAGAACAAUGCUGACUUCGCUAAAAUUUGGAACUGUCCACCUGGAUCACCAAUGAACCCUUCGAACAAAUGUAUAAUAUUCUGAAA